GCGCGCCGCUAAUGUCAAAUGUUGGCAAUUAAUUAUUAUGCAUUUAAAUAAACUAUUGUAAAACGUGUAAAUAUUAAUAAGGAUAACCAUAGGUAAUUGAAAUGAAUAAAAUGACUGCGGCAACUGCCGCAGGGUCAUCGGGUACCCAGGGUACAACUGUGCAAGAAUUUACUAUAAGAGUACCAAAAAAUGGAUCCAAAAGAUAUCACGUUAUGAGGUUCAAUGGUACAUUGGAUGUAGAAUUUUCAAAGUGGACUCAGGUAAAAAUGGAAAGAGAAAACAACAUGAAAGAAUUUAAGGGAUUCGAUGAGGAUCAACCAAAAUUUGGUGCUGGAUCUGAGUUUGGAAGAGAAGCUAAAGAAGAAGCAAGGAGAAAGAAACUUGGUAUUAUAGCUAGAAAGUAUAAAGCUGAUGAUCAGCCUUGGAUACUAAAAUCAUAUGGAAGUACUGUAAAAAAGUUUAAGGGUAUAAGAGAAGGAGGAGUCUCAGAAAAUACUGCCUAUUAUGUUUUUACCCAUGCCGAAGAUGGUGCUAUAGAAGCAUUUCCAUUGCAUGAAUGGUAUAAAUUUCAACCAAUUCAGAGAUAUAAAGCCCUGUCAGCCGAGGAGGCUGAAGAAGAAUUUACUAAACGUAACAAGCAUUUGAAUUUCUUCUCUCUUAUGUUGAGAAAAAGACUAAAGGGUGAAGAUGAAGCUGAUGUUGAUGAUGGGGAAGAAAAAACCAAGAAAGGAAACACCAAAAAAGAAAAAGAACUUAAAAUAUCUGAAAUGGAUGAAUGGAUGGAGACUUCUGAUGAAGAUUCAGAGGGCGAAGAGAAGGAAAAAGAAGAGGACGAGGAUGGAGACAAGAAAAAAAAGAACAAAAAGAAAGUUGAUCCAAAAAAGAAUAAAAAGAAGAGAGACACAGAUGUGGAGGCUUUUGAGGACUCUGAUGACGGUGACGGAGAAGGUCGCGAAUUGGAUUACAUCAGUGACAGUAGUGAGAGCGAACCGGAGAAUACAAAUCUGGAAAGUGUGGCGGAAGAGAAGGCUCUUAGAAAACUUUUAACUUCCGAUGAAGGGUCUGAUGAUGAUUCAGACAAGUCUGAAAAAGGGAAAAGCAGCGAGGAUGAGGAGAAAGAGAAAGAAGCAGAGAAAAAAGAAGAGAAAGAAAAAGAGGGCGAAGGAAAGAAAAAAAAGAAGAAACUCAAGAAGGACAAGAAGAUUGUUAAGAAAGAAAUUAGGAAGGAUGAUGAUGAUCCAUUUAGUUCUGAUAGUAGUACUGAUGAGGAUACUAAGAAGAAGGGUGGAAAGAAAGAGAAGAAGGAAGAUAAGGAACCGGGAAGUGCAAAUAGUUCCAGAUCAGCUACACCAACAGAUAGCAAAAGGAAAUUGAUUCAAGAUACACUUGCUGGUCCUUCUUCAAAGAAACAAAAACUAGAUCUGCCCAAUUAUAUACCAGGCUCCAGUGAAUCUGGUAUUACUGAAGAUGCAGUAAGGAAGUAUCUUAUGCGUAAGCCAAUGACAACAACUGAGUUACUGCAGAAGUUUAAGUCUAAGAAAACAGGUUUAUCCAGUGAACAGCUUGUAAAUAUUAUGACACAAAUAUUAAAGAAGAUCAAUCCUGUUAAGCAGACUCUUAAGGGAAAAAUGUAUUUAUCCAUCAAAUCUUAAUUUGUUAAGUUAUUUCUAUAACUAGGCUGG